UGGAACAAUUAACGUAGUCCUUUGUGUUCUUUCCAAAUACUACUAUUUGUCAUUUACCGCUCAAUGAUGAAUUUCGGUGGUUGUCGACCCAGUAAGACUGAAGAGAAGCUGGUGAACGUGGCCCCUCUUUCUACUUGACGCCAUAACGUUCCGGGUAGAUCGGUUAUAUCACAACAAACAUGGGGCGGGACGCCAAAAACGACGUCGCAUCAACUCUGUUGGAGCCUUUGACUUCCAUAAGAGCUUCGAGGCUUCAAACGUUGGGAAACAUCAUCGUCACGGUGGUCGGAACUGGGGUUUUGGGAUUGCCCUUCGCUUUUCGGAUCGCUGGAUGGCUCGCAGGAUCGCUUGGGGUUGCCAUCGUUGGCUUAUCCACCUACUAUUGCAUGCUCUUGCUUGUUUUGUGUCGAGAAAAAUUGUCAUCAGAAGAACCAUUAGUGGAAGCGAGCACAUAUGGAGACUUGGGUUAUAGGUCCUUUGGAACCCCGGGUCGGUAUGUGACAGAAGUUAUAAUUUUGGUAGCACAAUGUGCAGGGUCUGUUGCUUAUUUUGUAUUUAUUGGACAAAACCUUUAUUCUGUAUUCCAAGACCAAGGACUGUCAAUGGCCUCCUACAUAUUUAUGUUGGUACCGCUUGAGACUGGAUUGUCUUGGAUAGGGAGUUUAUCUGCUUUGGCUCCUUUUAGCAUUUUUGCUGAUGUGUGCAAUGUCUUAGCUAUGGGCAUUGUGGUGAAGGAGGAUAUUCAAAAGGCCGUAGGGGAGGGAUUUUCAUUUAGACAAAGGACAGCAAUCACAUCCAACAUUGGGGGGUUGCCUUUUGCAGCAGGCAUGGCAGUUUUUUGUUUUGAGGGGUUUGGUAUGACUCUGGCCCUGGAGAAUUCUAUGCAGGAAAGGCGUAAAUUCCCAAGAUUGCUGGCUCAGACUUUUGGUGGGAUAACACUUGUGUACAUUCUUUUUGGGUUUUGUGGUUACAUGGCUUAUGGUGAAGAAACUAGAGACAUUGUCACCCUCAAUCUCCCUAGGAAUUGGUCAUCUCUUGCAGUGCAGGUGGGAUUAUGUGUGGGGCUUGCAUUCACACUCCCAACCAUGUUACACCCAAUUAAUGAAAUUGUGGAAGGGAAACUAAAAGUCAAUCACAGAAACAAUAAUGAUUCUACAGGACUAGGAAAUAUUGGCAAAUACAUCAGCCGUGCCAUUGUGGUGGUUGGACUAGCAGUCGUAUCUUCAUUCGUGCCAGAAUUUGGUGUAUUUGCCUCAUUUGUGGGGAGUACCUUAUGUGCAAUGAUCUCAUUUGUUUUGCCUGCCUCUUUUCACCUAAAGAUAUUUGGCUCUUCCCUACCCAUCUGGCAAAAAGUCUUGGAUUCUAUUGUAUUAUUGUCUGGAUUAUUUUUCGCUGUUUAUGGCACUUACAACACAAUAGUUGGAAUUUGAUGCAUGUAGCAUGUAUUUUACGUAGUUUAAGCUUUUAUACAACUCAAUUGUUAUUUUUACAUAAAUAAGCGUUACAACAAAAUGUGAAUACAAACCUGCUCAUUUUUUUGAUUAA